AGUCAAUAUAUAUGUUGUGUUAUUCGUCUGUGAUUCUUAAGAAAUGCGCGAAAUGUUGUUUGUUUAGAAGUUAAAAAAAUAAAUAAACGGAAAUCCAGGGUUAAAUAUAUUUAAAUUCGAGUUUUUAUAGUUUUUAUAUGUACAAAAAUAGUAGGUGAAGAAGUAAAUGAUUUACAUAUUGUAAUUAAAUAUUUAUAAAAAUCAAUAAAACAGCAUAACAUGAUACAUUUGUUCAAUAUUAAAACCUAACACUUGUUUACUUAACUUUCAUGCGAGUUAAAGUCCAUAGAUGUUUACCAGUAAAAUAAAAUAUUGUUAAAAUCGAUCAGAUCAUUAAACCACUAAUCACAUAAAUUGGCCUUCAAUCGUAGACUAGUCAAUGUAUUUUAGAAUUUUAAAAUUGGAAAUCAUCCAAUUUUUACUCACUUCCUCACAUUAGUUCAAGCUUGUAGAUCAUAUUAAUUAGACAAUAAGAUGUCAGAGAUGACGGUUGUAUCAGAAAUAUAUGAUGAAUAUAGUUACAGAACCGAAAGUGCCCCAACUAGAGAAGGAAAUGUCAUAUCCCAAUUUCCAUUUUUAUUACCCAAAGAAAAAGCAAAGUACACAUUUGAUGAAGAUGAUGAUUUGGAUUUUGAAAGGCCAAGUAGAGAAGUUAUAAAAAUUGAACACAGUUUUAAAACAAAAAUUGCGUUAGUGGGUCUUCAAGUAUGGAGAGGAGCAUUUUUAUUAGGAGACUUGUUAAUACACUUAGGAGUUAAUGGUGAAUUAGAGGGAAAGACUAUUCUAGAACUGGGUGCUGGAACUGGCCUAACAAGUUUUGUCGCCGGUAUUUACGCAAAAAAAGUUGUUUGCACAGAUAUUGAUUUAGGCGGUAUUCUGGAUUUAAUAAAAAUAAAUGCCAGAUGCAAUUCCAAUUUAAUAAAAUCGGAAUUUGUAGUGUUGCCCCUUGACUUCACAAAUCUCCACUGGAAUGCUGCGUUAUUUAAAGAUAUACAACAAACUGAUAUUAUUAUCGCUGCUGAUGUGAUCUACGAUGACGACGUUACAUCAGCAUUUGUGUCCACUGUUCAGAAAAUACUUGACACAAAUCCGCCAAAGACAAUAUAUAUAGUUCUAGAAAAGCGCUAUGUUUUUACCAUAGAGCAUAUGGAGUCUAUAGCUCCAUGCUAUGAAACAUUCCUAGCCUUAUUGGAUAAGGUUAAAUGUGAUUGGAUAGUUGAACAACUCCCACUCAAUUUCCCCAAAUACUUUACGUAUGAUCGCGUAAAAGAAUUAGUUUUAUGGAAGAUAAGCUCUAAAUGACAUUAAAUUUAGUAGAAAAAUAUACAAUUGUUGA